UGGGCAACGGACGUGGAGGCAGAGGCGCGCGCGCACACGUACACACGCAAGCGCGCACACACACACAGGGGGGAGACGAACAUCGCCGCGACCAGCAGUCAGAUCCACGGGAACGCCGACCGAGGCGAACUCCACUGCGCCGCGGAACUGCGCUUUUCGCUCCAGAAACGCGUCCCACUCGGACACCCGUCAGAAAAAUCACUCCCCGUGAGUCAUUUCACGCCGAAACAUGUCAUCGUCGGGCAAGGACGCCAACAGCGGGCAUUACGCCAACUAUGUGGGACCGUACCGCUUGGAGAAGACGCUGGGCAAAGGACAGACAGGUCUCGUGAAGCUGGGCGUCCACUGUGUCACAUGUCAGAAAGUCGCCAUAAAGAUUGUCAACAGAGAAAAGCUCAGCGAGUCUGUUCUCAUGAAGGUGGAGCGGGAGAUAGCUAUUCUCAAACUCAUAGAGCAUCCCCACGUGUUAAAGCUGCACGACGUCUACGAAAACAAGAAAUACCUGUACCUGGUGCUAGAACAUGUGUCCGGGGGGGAGCUUUUCGAUUACCUGGUGAAGAAGGGCCGGUUAACACCUAAAGAGGCCAGAAAGUUCUUCAGACAGAUCAUCUCAGCCCUGGACUUCUGCCACAGCCACUCCAUAUGCCACAGAGAUUUGAAGCCCGAGAACUUGUUGUUAGACGAGAAGAACAACAUCAGGAUAGCAGACUUUGGCAUGGCGUCUCUGCAGGUCGGGGACAGUCUGCUGGAGACCAGCUGUGGAUCUCCACACUACGCCUGCCCAGAGGUCAUCAGGGGGGAGAAGUAUGAUGGGAGGAAAGCAGAUGCCUGGAGCUGUGGAGUCAUCCUGUUUGCACUUUUAGUGGGCGCUCUGCCUUUUGAUGACGACAACCUGAGGAACCUUUUGGAGAAGGUGAAGCUGGGAGUUUUCCACAUGCCUCACUUCAUCCCUCCAGACUGUCAGAACCUUCUGCGCGGCAUGAUUGAAGUGGACGCCAGCAAGAGGCUCACGUUAGAGCAGAUCCAGAAGCACACGUGGUACCUAGCCGGAAAGAACGAGCCUGAGCCCGAGCAGCCGGUCCCCAGGAAGGUGGCCAUCAGGAUGCUGGCCUCAGCCGAAGAGAUCGACCCCGACGUCCUGGAGAGCAUGCACUCUCUGGGCUGCUUCAGAGAUAAGGACAAACUGACCAAAGACCUGCUGUCUGAGGAUGACAACCAGGAAAAGAUGAUCUACUUCCUUCUUCUGGACCGUAAGGAGAGGUAUCCCAGCCACGAGGACCAGAACCUGCCUCCGCGAAACGAGAUCGACCCUCCCAGGAAGCGAGUGGACUCGCCCAUGCUCAGCCGUCACGGCAAACGGAGACCGGAGAGGAAGUCCAUGGAGGUGCUGAGCGUGACGGAGGGAGGGUCGCCCGUGCCGGUGCGACGAGCCAUCGACAUGGCGACCCAUGGUCAGAGAUCGCGGUCGAUCAGCGGAGCGUCCUCCGGUCUGUCCACCAGUCCUCUCAGCAGUCCCAGGGUGACCCCUCACCCCUCCCCAAGAGGGAGCCCUCUCCCCACCCCUAAAGGCACCCCGGUACACACACCCAAGGACAGCCCGGCUGGCACGCCCAGCCCGACGCCCCCUCCCAGCCCCUCCAUCGGCGGCAUGCCCUGGAGGACGCGCCUCAACUCCAUCAAGAACAGUUUCCUGGGCUCGCCGCGCUUCCACCGCAGGAAAAUGCAAGUUCCAACCCAGGAGGACAUGUCCAGUCUCACCCCAGACUCUUCUCCAGAGCUGGCUAAGAAGUCGUGGUUCGGAAACUUCAUCAACCUGGAGAAAGAGGAGCAGAUCUUCAUCGUGAUCAGAGACAAACCUCUGAGCUCCAUAAAGGCCGACAUCGUCCACGCCUUCCUCUCUAUCCCCAGUCUGAGCCACAGCGUCAUCUCUCAGACCAGUUUCCGGGCGGAGUACAAGUCCUCAGCUGGUCCGACGGUUUUCCAGAAGCCUGUAAAGUUCCAGGUGGACAUCACCUACACGGAGAGCACCAGCGCCACCAAGGAGAACGGCAUCUACUCCGUCACCUUCACCCUGCUCUCAGGUCCCAGCCGACGUUUCAAACGUGUGGUGGAGACGAUCCAGGCUCAGCUGCUCAGCUCCAACGACCAGCCCGGCAUCCAGCCCCAGAUCUCUGGUAAGUGCAGCCCCUCGCCACCCGCCCUCAACCACGCCUAUACCCCCACCCCUCCUCAUGCCUCUCAGCGCUCGGCUUCUUUGCCCAGUAAAUCCUCCAAGCGUGUGACCUCAGUAACCCUCUGCAUGGUGACGCUUGACACUGGUUUGUUCCCACCUCCUCUUAAACGUCCAUGUUUGAAAUCACUGGAGCAAAAACACCACAAACACGAAGUCACCGUGCGGGAGAGGAGUCAUGCAUCUGUUGUUUGUUCUCUCUCUCUCUCUCUCUGUUUUCUUUCUUUUCUUCCCAUCUGUGUAGGCAGCCCGUUGAGUAACUUCUUUGACGUAAUUAAACAGCUUUUUUCAGACGAGAAGACCGUCCAAGCGUCCCACUCCCCCGGCGCCCCCGCCACGCCUAGCUCCCCCGCCAAGCAUGCCCCCGGCGGCAAGCCCAGCCAGCCCCCGCCCAAUGACUCUAAAUGCCCCCCCGGCAAAGACAAAACAAAGACGGCUGCCGGCAACAGGACGCAGGAACAACCUUAAGGAGCGGUAGCUGUGCAUGAGUAGGUCGUUAAACGAGCGAGCGGCAGAGGAGAGCUGCUAACUUCGCCCUUUAGUUCGGAGUGAAAACAAAAAAAAGACAAAUCUACUUUUUGCCUAUAAAUUUUGUACCGUAUAAUGGGAAUGGCUCUUUCACUAUUUUACAAUAAGUAGCAGAUGUAGCUUUGUCGUCCCUCCCUUCACCUCUCUGUGUCCCCGGGGGUCUGUCAGUGGGUGUGUGUCCUCCUCACGUGUGUGAUGGCUUGACUUGUCUCUGCCACCAGGGAUCAUCCAUAAUAACUAUUAACCUCUGCGGCUCCUCGGGACCGGCCGACAGCGGCUCGCUCACGGCCCGCCACCACCACGAGAGUCCGAAACCGAAGGAAAGACAG